CUUCCUCACCUGGUAAUGGCGGAUCGGAGGAGAAAACCCUUUUGUUUGAUUUCUUACAGCUAAAACUAAUUCUUAGUAUUUCUAGUUAAUGUUCCGUUGAGGAUAUCCAUGGCUUCUCUCACACCUGGAACUCUCCAGAAGCUCUUACAAAACGCCGGUAAUAAAGACUUCAAGCCCGCCGGCGAACACCGCUCCCCUCUUCUUCAGGUGAUUAGCAUUGUGCCUUGCUUAGGAGACGAUCCAUGGAAGAGCAGGGGAUUUUUUCUGAGGGUUUCAGAUUCAUUACACUCAGCCUACGUUUCAGUGUCGGAAGAAGACGUGGAAUUGAUUCUUAGCGACAAUGUCCAAUUAGGGCAGUUUGUUCAUGUAUCUUGGGUGGAUUCAGGUUCCCCUGUUCCUGUGCUUCGUGGAAUAAAGCCGAUUCCGAAGAGAAGGCCCUGCGUCGGAGACCCUAAGGAUUUGAUUUCCAGUGAUUUUCUCAACGCCAAGAAGGUUGUCGAAACCGCCGGUAAUAAGACGGCGCCGAAAUCCGCCGGAAAAGUUAAGAAAGUUAGUGAGAAAAGUAGCAAUGUUAGAAGGCUUUCUUUCGGAAAUUCGAAGGUCGCCGGCGGCGAAGGGAGGAGGUUGAGCUUGGAUUUGGCGAGGAAGGGGUGGGAUUCGAGCCCGAUUCGCGACAAAAUUGGAGGGAAAAUCACGACGAGGAUCAAAUAUAAGGAUGAUUCGUCGAAUUCGGACAAUGUUGUGGCGAGGGCGGAGGAUUCGCCGAAGACCUUGCCUCUUAAGACCAAGAAUGUUAUUACAGCCUCGCCGAAGGUUCUAACAAAGCCGCCGGUGAGAAGUGUUCGAUCAUCAUCGGAUGACAACGAUCCUAUUCGUCUGAAUAAAGUGCUCGUGAAUUUGCCUGAAAGGAAGACGCAGUGGGAUGCGCUCCCGUCUAUGAUAUCUAACCUCGGGAAGGAAGUUGGAAGCUACAAGAAUCUCGCGUUCGCCUACGCAGCCAACGCUUUGGAGGAAGCGUCGAUUUAUGAAGCCGUCAUUCGAUGCAUGAGCACAUUUGCAGAGCUAUGCGAGUUGUCUAGGAAUCGCACUGCUGGUCCGCUCGUCAAACAGUUCCUUAAAGUAUACGAAAACAUAAAGACAACGUCUAAACACAUCUCGUCAAUGAUACAUUCAAAUCGAGACAUCUCUAGCGCGGGGAUCGUCGACAAUUCUACUCGUAAUAACACAACCGCAUCGCUGUGGAUCCGCGCAGCUGUCCAGACAGAGCUCUCGAAAUUCUCCUUGUACUCGAGAGGAGAUGACGAAAAGGGUCACUACAUCAUUGUCGAAAACAAUGCUCCGGAGGAAAGUCGGUUGUCCAAAUCCAAAAAUAUCGUAAAAAAGCCCGUCUCGAAGUUUAAGGAAACGUCGAGAGCAGAUUCCCGGCCCGUCAAUUGGGUGUCGGGUUCGGGACUAAAGCAGGCGGCGGAAUUAGCCGAAGCGCUAUUGUCGUCGUCCCGAUCGUGGUUCUUGGAUUACCUCGAGAAGUCUUUGAGCAACGGGUUCGGUUUGGGCAGGGACGACGGGUCGAGCGCCGGGAUCCUUCUCGGGCAGCUGAAGAGCGUGAAUCGAUGGUUGGACGAGGAAGGGAGCCGGGGGGAUGCGAGGAUCGGGAGGUUGAAGAAGAAGCUUUACGGGUUCUUACUCGACAGUAUGGCGGAGACUCCAGUGGCGGCGGCGAGCCGCCGGAGGUAGGUGGGUAAGUUAGUUAGAUUAAGUAGGAGAAUGCUAACUUAGGACAAGUUAUAACGUUGGUAGAUAUUGAUCCCACGUUUGGGCUGUUGGAAUUGAAUUAAUUAAUCUCUAGUAAUUAAUUCAUCUUUUGAAAUUUUUUGAGUUAAAAUAUGAACAAUUUAUCAUACAA